GUUUAUGGCAAAGAGGAAACUCUUUGUUUAUGGUUUUGAAUUGACGAAAAUAAAUUUCUACUAUGAGGCACAGAACACUGUGUUUUUGAUGGCCAAGAGUCUAUGGUCUAUAGUCCAACCCAAAUUCCAAAAUUCAUAUUCAUAAUUGUUUUGCUUUCGGUAUUCGAUGUCAUACGUUCAUACUAAACUAAGUAUUUUGUUCGGAUCACAAACUGGUAAUGCCCAGGACAUUGCAGAAAGAAUUUGGAGGAUAUCCAAAAAGUACUAUUUCGAGAGUAUAGUGACCUCGCUAGACGAAUACCAUGUUUCAGAGCUAUUGGUUGAUGAAUGUGUAAUAUUUGUAUGUUCAACUACAGGCCAAGGAGAAGUUCCAGAUAAUAUGAAGAAGUUUUGGAAGUUUAUUCUCAGGAAGAAUUUGCCUUUAGGAAUUCUUGCUCAUCUGAAAUUCGCCGUUUUAGGCUUAGGUGAUUCAAGCUAUGUUAAAUUUAAUUUUACGGCUAAAAAACUAUUCAAAAGGUUGCAUCAGUUAGGAGGAAGUCCCAUUAUUCCUGUUGGAUUGGGAGAUGAUCAACAUGAUUUAGGAUAUGAUGCUAUUGCUGAUCCAUGGAUAGAAAAUCUUUGGAAACAAUUACUAACAAUAUAUCCAUUACCUGAUGAUGUGAAACCUCUAGAACUUGGCUCUAUUGUUCCUAGAUGGAGUGCAUCUUUAAAGCUUCUUGGUAACGUUAAUAAUGUGCUUAUCAAUCAGUCCAUUUAUUACUCGACAAGAAGUAAAGAUCAUUUUGAUGUUACUAUUAUUGACAAUGUACAGUUAACAGAACAAUCACAUUUUCAAGAUGUAAGAUUGAUCAAACUGGAAACAAAUGGACAAAUUUACAGUCCUGGUGAUAUUGUUGUUGUGAGACCUAAGAAUAUACAAUGGAAAGUAAGAGAACUAGAAGAAGUACUUGCAAACAAUAAUGUAAAUUUUUCUCUAGAAAACAUUGUUUCCCUCAAAGAAAGAGAACAUGGAAUUCCUAUCCCUGAUGUCCUCAAGUAUGAGUUAAGUUUGAAACAAUUAUUUGAGGAAUAUUUCGAUCUGAUGGCAAUUCCCAGACGCCGAACAUUCGAAAUUUUGGGUAGUAUAACAGAUAGUGAAUUGGAGAGAGAAAAAUGUAUAGAGUUCACAACUGCUGAAGGUCAAGAAGAGUUCUUUAAUUACUGUAAUAGACCAAAGAGGAACAUUGUUGAGGUUCUACAAGACUUCCCUCAUGCUACAAAAAAUUUGACUCUAGAUUUAUUGUUUGAAAUAUUUUCACCAAUCAAGCCUAGGGAGUUUUCGAUAGCUAGUAGCUUUAGAUGGCAUAAAAAUGAAAUUCAUUUGUUAUUAGCAGUUGUAAAAUAUAAAACUAAGUUAAUGAAGGAAAGAAUUGGUUUAUGCUCAAACUUUCUAGCAGGCUUACAGCCAGGAGAAACAUUAACUGCAUGGAUAAGGAAAGGUAGUUUUAAAUUUCCCACAAGCGAUGUUCCUAUCAUAUUGGUAGGCCCAGGUACGGGGUUAGCUCCAUUUAGAAACUACAUAUUUGAAUGUGUCCAUAAGGGAAUAGCCUCUUCAAACAAUAUAAUACUUUUUUUUGGUUGUAGAAAUAAAAGGAAAGAUUUUCUUUGUGAGGAAGAGCUCGUGAAAUUGCAUGUUGAGAAAAAAUUGAAUUUGAUUUGUGCUUUCUCAAGAGACCAAGAACGAAAAGUCUAUGUGCAGGAUAAAAUAAGGGAAAAUAAAAAAAUUGUAUGGCAACAUUUGCAGAGGAAAUGUUGCAUCUUCAUUGCUGGGAAUGCAAAGUUCAUGCCCCAAGAUGUAAAAAGAGCCUUUAUGGAUGUAUGUAUAGAUUGCGGAAACAUGAAGGAAAAUGAAGCUAUGAAUUAUAUAAGUGAAAUGGAAAGAGAAAAUAGGUAUCAAACAGAAUGUUGGUAAUAGAAUGAUAAUUCAAUCAUUUCUAUUUAAAUGUAGACUAAAAUAAACUUGAGGAUGGAGAAAUA